AUGAACAGGUACGGUCGAUCUCCACCAAGAAUCGAUGGGAUGGUAUCGUUGAAAGUUGAUAACUUGGCAUACAGAACAACUAUUGAUGACUUGCGAAGAGUUUUCAGCCGAUUUGGCGAAGUUGGUGAUAUCUACAUACCUAGAGAUCCCUACACUUUCGAGAGUCGAGGAUUUGCUUUCGUUCGAUACUGCACUGACCGCGAGGCUGACUGUGCCAUACGCGGUAUGGAUGGCCAUAAGGUAGAUGGAAGAGAAGUCCGAGUCCAAAGAGCAAAAUAUGGUCGACCAACUCCAAACCGUCGAAGCUAA